AUGUGGUAUCUUGAUAGUGGAUGUUCAAGGCAUAUGACAGGUAACAUAUCGCUUUUCAUUGACUUUGUGCCAAAGAAAAAUGGGUUCGUCACUUAUGGAGAUAACAAAAAAGGAGCUAUUCUUGGAAAAGGUAGUGUAGAUAAUCCCCCAUCUACUACUAACUUUGAUGUAAUGUUUGUUGAUGGUCUUAAACACAACCUUCUUAGCAUUAGCCAACUUUUUGACAAGGGCUUUAAAGUCACUUUAACUAAUACUUAUUAUUUAUUUGAGCAUAAUGAGAAGAAUAAUUGUUUGUUUAAGGGCUUGAGAGUCAAUAAUUCUUAUAUGCUAAAUUUAGAUGAUGUGUCCUUGGUUGAUAACAUUCCUUUGACUUGGAUAACAUCCAAAGAUCACCCUAUUGAUAAUAUUCUUGGAGAUAUCACAAGAGGCAUUACAACAUGCUUUAAGAUAAGUAACUUUUGUUAUCACUUCACUUUUGUGUCACAAGUUGAGCCUAAAAAUGCUAAAGAUGCAUUACUUGAUGAUCAUUGGAUCGUGGAAAUGCAAGAUGAGCUAAAUCAAUUUAAAAGGAAUGACGUUUGGGACGUUGUCCCGUGUCCAAAAUAUCAUCAAGUAAUUGGCACAAGAUGGGUUUUUAGGAAUAAGCUUGAUGAAGAUGGAGUGAUAACCCGAAAUAAGGCUCGACUAGUAACUCAAUGGUAUAACCAAGAUGAGGGUGUUGACUAUGAGGAAACUUAUGCUCCGGUCGCCCGACUUGAGGUCAUACACCUUCUUCUUGCCUUUGAUUGCUCUAAGAUUUUCAAAUUAUUUCAAAUGGACGUGAAAAGUGUGUUUCUAAAUGGUUACAUUAAUGAAUAG